UGGGCCGUCUUCGUCUCGUCUGUCGCCGCCGUCGCCGUAGCCGCGAAGCAAAGCACCCCCUCUCGCUUCUCCGCCGCCGCCGCCGCCGCAGCAGCAGGCAGCAAUGGCGGGGCUGUCGCUGCGGUGCGGCGACUGCGGCGCGCUGUUGCGGAGCGUGGAGGAGGCGCAGGCGCACGCCGAGGCCACCUCCCACGCCAACUUCUCCGAGUCCACCGAGGCCGUCCUCAACCUCGUCUGCGCCGACUGCGGCAAGCCCUGCCGCUCCCAGACUGAGGUGGAUCUGCACACCAAGCGCACCGGCCACACGGAGUUCACUGACAAGACCAUGGAGGCGGCCAAGCCCAUUGAUCUCGAGGCGCCGCAGAAGCAUGCCGCUGAGGCCAUGGAUGUCGAUGCCUCGUCCAGCGCCGAGCCGCAGGAGAUGGUGGCGCCGGAGGUUAACAAGGAGAUGCUGGCGGACCUCGAGGCGAUGGGGUUCACGACGGCGCGCGCCACUAGGGCACUUCAUUUCUCUGGUAAUAGCACUAUUGAAGGUGCCAUUAACUGGCUUUCCGAGCACCAAGAUGAUCCAGAUAUUGACGAACCACUUAUGGUGCCGGCUAAUACAAACACUGAGGCUAAUAAGCCCUCUUUGUCUCCUGAGGAAAUGAAGAUUAAAGCUCAGGAGUUGAGGGAGCGUGCACGUAAAAAGAAAGAAGAAGAAGAGAGGAGGAUGGAAAGAGAAAGGGAGAAGGAAAGGAUUCGGAUAGGUAAAGAACUUCUUGAAGCCAAGAGAAUUGAGGAGGAUAAUGAAAGGAAACGCAUGAUAGAACUGCGAAGACUUGAGAAAGAAGAGGAGAAAAGAGCUAGAGAAAAAAUCCGUCAGAAACUGGAAGAGGAUAAGGCUGAAAGGAGGAGGAAACUUGGAUUGCCCCCAGAAGAUCCGGCUGCUGCUAAACCAAGUGCACCACCUCCAGUUGAAGAGAAGAAGAGUGCAUUACCUGUCAGGCCAGCCACAAAGGCAGAGCGAAUGAGGGAUUGCUUACGGAAUCUUAAGCAGCAGAACAAGGAUGAUGAUGCUAAAGUGAAGAGGGCUUUUCAAACACUCCUUACCUACAUUGGAAAUGUAGCUAAAAAUCCCGAUGAAGAGAAAUUCAGGAAGAUCAGGCUGACCAACGCUACAUUUCAGGAGAGGGUUGGCAAUCUGCACGGAGGCAUAGAGUUUCUUCAGGUCUGUGGCUUUGAGAAACUUGAGGGCAACGAGUUCCUGUUCUUGGCAAGGGACAAGGUUGACAAGGCCGUCCUGAACACUGCGGGAGCCGAGCUGAAUUCUGCUAUCACUAAUCCCUUCUUUGGAGUCCUUUAAAUCGUAUAGAAUUUCCAUGUACACUUGACCUCUCUGUUUGGCAUUUGCUUGAAGCACAGAUGCACAAAAAUAUUGAUAUUGAGCUAAUGAUCUUUUGAGCGCA